UUUCUUAGUAGUUGUGAAUUGGGUAAAGAGUUGAAUCCCUUUGUUAGAAGUAUGAAUAAAAUUAUGUAGUGUAUAAAAGAGAAAUUGAAUGGAGAUGAAGUGAUUGAGAGGAAGAAUGUGUUCCGUAGUACUAGAACCAAAACAAAACCAACCUCUUAUUAUUCCCUUUCACUUGAAAAUUCCGAGGAAGAAGAACCGAACAAGAAUGAUUCUUCUAGCUAGGCUGUACUCCAUGACAAGUUCAUAACAUUGUUUUCUCCGCAACAAUGCAAAACUCAUUACAACUUUCAUACUCUUUUCUUUUCCUUCUUCCCAUUCUCUCUGCCUUUUCCUCCUCAAACUUAUAACAGCAACCAGAUUAUAAGCUGAAGAUUUAGUGGGUUUUGACUUUCUUGAGACUCUUGUUGGUACAUAUAUACAUACAAUAUUUUUCACAAAACCAUGGUCGGUGAAAUUGAUACUACAUCAAUUGAACCUGUCCAAAAUGCCAUCUCUUUAUUUGACGAUAGAGGUGAUCACAUGAAAUUUCUACCUACAAGAAAUAAGCGUGACUAUGAAAAAGAGAUUGAGAAUUUGACUAGAGAAUUGACCAACUACAAGGCGCAAUUAGAGGUGAAGAAUGCUGCGCACAUGAAAGCACUUCUUAAACCAGAACAAAGCCAAAAGAUGAUUCAUGAAUUGUCUACUUUGUUGAAAAACUCUGAUAUUGAAAGAAACAAAUAUGUGAACGAAUGUUCGGAGGGUAAAGCUAGCAAAGACGAGCUUGAAUCAAUGACAAAAGAGAAGACUGAUCUUAAAUUAGAAACUGUGAAAGUUCGGGAUCAGCUUUCGCAUGUUUUGAGUGAAUUGAAAGCCACACAAAGAGAGCUUCUUAACAAAGAUACUGAGAUUUUUGCUGCUAGAGAUUCUGAAUCAAACGCUUUGACAAAGACAGAACAGUUGGAAAAUGCCUUGAAGAUGGAAAAGGAAAAGAAAGAAGAACUAUUGCAUCAAGUAAAUGAGCUUAAUGAAGUUAUUCAUAGGUCAAAACUUGCUGCUAUUAAAGCUGAGAAACAAAAUAUUGGUAUUUUGUCUCAGAAAAAUGAAAAAAUUGAGUUAGCUACAAAAGAUAAUGCUCAAGCACAACAAGAGUUGAAAGAUAUGAGAAAACAUAUAGAACAAAAGGAAACAAUAAUUUCAUUUGAUAAUUCUUCUACCAAUGUCAUAAAUGAAUCAAACAAGUUAAACUUGGACAUUGAACUCAAGGAAAAGUUAGAAUUGGAAUUAAAUCAGUUACAAAGUGAACUUACAAGUGCAAAGGAGGAGAUAAAUGAAUUAAAUAUUAACAAAGAAUCAGUCACAAAUGAGUUGCAAAAGGCGAAAGCAGAGCUGAAGAUGAAUAAGGAGAGAGCCAUUGAAGCAGAAGUGGAGAUUGCAUUGUUGAAAUCUCAUCUUCAAGAAUAUAGGUUGGCUUACAAGAAUGGAUAUGACACUGAUCACUCUAAGGGUGGAGCUGAAGAGAGGAAUAGUGAGAAAAACAAUGACAAUAUUACUAUCUCGUUGGAAGAAUAUAACUACUUGGUUGAGAAAGGAAAUGAAAAAGGAAAUCAAAUAGAGUUAGCAUUGAUGAAAAAGGAGGUUGAAAAUGCAUCAUUGAAAAUUUCAGAGCUGAGGACUCGUGCAGAACAGGCUAUUAGCAGAGCCGAAUUAGCCGAGAACGGUAAAGCAGCAUUGGAGGAUAGAAUUAGGAGACACCGCGAACAUAGGCAGCGAAGGAAGGCUGCUCUGUCCGCGCUUCGGGAGGAAUCUACACCUAAACCAUUUACUCCUUCUACAUCACAUGGAACACCAAAAAUGUACCAUCCAUUAGGUAAGGUUCUCAAUAUGAAGCUGUAAAAGCUUUUAGUAAUAUAUACAUUUUUAAUGUGACUAAAACUAUGUGAGUUGUUGCCUGUCAAUUACAAUUAGUUUUAGUAUUGCUGUAAUAUUUAAUGUAUCUAGCGAUAGGGCCACCAGUUUUGUCUAUUUUGUAUUGCAUAUAUGUGUGUAUGUUUAUCUUAUUUGAAAACAAUUAAUGUUUAAGAAAGUAAUGUAUGAAAUGGACUAUGAAAGAGUUGAAAGA